GUCCUUCAUGACCAUUUCUGCGUGGUGGAAGCUUUUGUUACCUGCAUCCAUGCCGUAACAUCCGAUCAAAAAACUGUCGAUGGACCAUCAGAGAAGUCUUGGAGAGAUGGGCGUAGAGCUCAACAUAAUAUAAUUCCAGCCUAUAGUGGAAUUGCAAAAACAAUCGAGAAAGUCUUACCGCGUAUCUCUGGGAAAGUGGGUGGUCUCGCUUUUCGGGUUCCAACUUCGAACGCAUCUGCCGUCGACAUUACCGUGAGGGUGGGCAAGUCUGCAUGCUACAAGGAUAUGGUGAAUGCCAUAAAAACAGCAGCUUGUUGCGGCCCUAUGAAAGGAUUACUCACAUUCACCGAAGAGCAAGUUGUCUCAAGCGAUAUUAUAAAUUGUCCCGCAUCAGCUAUUUUGGAUGUACAAGUUGGUUGUUCCUUGAACGAGAAAUUCGCCAAAUUGGUAGCUUGGUUUGACGAGAAUUAUUCUUCAGCUAACAGACUUGUCGAUCUUGUCAGAUACAUGGCUCUCAAUGAUAUCUCUACUAGGUACUCAGAUGCAGAGUAGAUCAGAUCACUAGGGAUUUAUACUUUUGUACUAAAUGA